UUCCAUCCAGCACAGGCCCACUUUACUGCUCUGCUGAGUGGAGACAGUGGAGCUGUUGUGUCUGAGACCUUUAACCUCGCUACACCAACGUGGCAACCCCUCUGUGAAUUUAGACGCUGUGUCGAGGUAAAGUCUGACAGCCUCUUCUGUUUGACUUUCCCACUGCAGCAUGUUGGAGCAAGAAGCCUGCUGGGUUCAUGUUGCAGAGGGAGGAGAUGAAGAGCUGGCAGUCGGACAAGCUGGGAGUGAUGAGGGGAGAAAAAACAGAGGAAAAAAGCAGAAAAAUUACAGCUUAAUGCAAUGAAGGGGGCGUUAUUUAGCUGCUUUGAGUUUCCAGACAGAAAUCAUUCAAAGAAAAGAUGUUUAACAAGAAGCAGGGAGUGAAUGAAGAGGCAGGCUGGUGAAAAGUGCUGCAGGGCAGCGGGAGCGAUUGUGGGCGGGGAGAGAGGAAGUGUGGUGGACAGGAGAGGAAUUUAAAGCCUCAUUGUCCUGGAAGAGCAGAGGCAGCGAGAACCCAGGAGGAGGAGGAGGACAACAUGGACGCGAGCGCAGCCAUGGAGAAGAUGUCUCUCAGAGGUCCUGGCCAGUGUCUGCUCUGUAAAGGCAGCUGUUCUGGAUAUCAGCCCCAUUCUUGGAGGAAAGCCUGCAUGGCGUGCGGCUGCAGCUCGGCAGACCACGCUCCUGAGGGCGACCAGGAGGAUGACCAGCGGAUGGGACGUCUGCUGGGAGACUCGCCCUGCUCACACUUAACUGCAAAGGUCAAAGGAGGCGGCGGCCUUCGGGUGUACAAGAGAAACCGGAUGAUUGUGACCAACCCGGUGGUUUCACGCAAAGACCCAACUUUCCAUACCACCACAUACGACUGGGCCCCUGCCGGACUCAACCAGAAACUGGCCAUGCAGUACAUGGAGCUCCUGCCAGAGAGCCAAAGGCCCGUCUCAGGGACCGCCGGGGCCCUGCAGCGCCGCAGGCAGCUGCUCAGCCAGCUUCCAGUCUACGAUCAGGACCCCAUGAAGUGUCAAAGUCUGGGCAGUGAGGAAGAGGUUUCCACCAUGAUCCUGUUUGUGAAGCAGUUCAAACAGGAGGUUCUAGGAGUGGGCGAGGUGGCCCUACCUGGAGAGGGCGGAGCUCUGAGAGAAGCAGCUGCUCAGAGGAUGGCAAAGGAGCUUAAAGAUCACAGCGAUAAGGCCGAUACGGCGCAGCACCUGAAUCAGAGCAGCAUCUCCUCUGCUGUGAACGGAACCAGCAACCAAACUGAAUAUCGCUGCAUUGGCUGCCAGCAGGAGGUUCUGAAGGACAGUCCAGCUGUCUACGCAGAGCGUGCAGGCUACCUGGACGCCUUGUGGCAUCCCACCUGCUUUGUUUGCUCAGUGUGCGGCCAUGGCCUGGUGGACCUGGUGUACUUCUGGUCCAACCAGAAGCUGCUGUGCGGUCGGCAUUACUGUGAGUCUGUGUGGCCGCGAUGCUCCGGCUGCGACGAGCUCAUCUUCUGCAGGUCGUUCAGGAGGGCCAAAGACGGACGGGCCUGGCACCCUCAGCAUUACAGCUGCUGGCGCUGCGGCCAGAGCCUGGACUCCCCCUGUCAGCACUGAUCACACAUGUCUAAUAAACACAGAGGAAAAUAGACACCAUUGCUGGAAAUAAAAUGCGACAUGGCUCCUUUUGUUUUAACGGAGUGAUUAAAAUAAAUCCUUCAUCAUAAAGAGCUGAAAUAUGAUUUUAUCUGAAACUCACAUGUUAAACAGAUUCAUCAGUGUGUGAAACACUUGGAAGGACAUUAAACUGUUUGCAAAGCACUCAGACUCAUCUAGAAAGGUUUCAAGUGGCUCUUAAAGCUCUGACAUUUUUCAGAUGUUAGUUCAGGCUGCAACUUGUAUGGAAGCCCAGAGAGGACAUUUCAUAAAAACCAAUAAAACAUGUGGAAAAUUAA